CACCUUUGCCACACAUCGUGCAUACGUACAUAACAGCCGCCUGCCUUAUAGAAUCGGUAUUCGUUUGUGAACCGUCCAACAGUAGAAACACAGUAUGAGAACGCUGAACUCAAUGCCGGCUGUCGCGUGUUUAGUGAACAAUCCAUUACUUAAUCAAUAGAAAUCUAUACAUGGUUUUAUGUGACAAAAAGCCUGCGGUUUUAACAAUAAAGUGUAUUGUAAAAAUUUAAUUUAAUUAAAGUGUUUUCGUUUUGCUGAAUUUCAAAAAAAAUUGCACGAUGGAGGAGUUCUUAGAAAGUUGCGGAAUGCCCUCGCUCAGCAUAUCCGGUGCAUAUCAUGUGCUCACACGUCGCAAACCCAUGGAGGAUACAACGGAAUCAAAAUUAGCCAAAGUCCUCUCGGCCUUCGAUUUAACAGCGCUCGGUAUCGGCUCGACGUUGGGUGUUGGCGUUUAUGUGCUCGCCGGCGAGGUCUCGAAGUUGUACGCUGGCCCCGCCGUAGUCAUAAGUUUUCUCAUCGCGGCCAUCGCUUCGAUAUUCGCCGGUCUAUGCUAUGCCGAGUUUGGCGCGCGCGUACCGAAAGCUGGCUCAGCAUACAUCUACAGUUAUGUGACCAUCGGUGAAUUUAUGGCCUUUAUUAUUGGCUGGAAUCUGAUAUUAGAAUAUGCCAUUGGUGGCGCCAGUGUCGUCAAAGGUCUGAGCACCUAUCUGGACAAACUACUGAACUAUGCAAUGCGUGAUUAUCUGAGUAAGAAUUUCGCCAUGAACAUCGAGGGCCUUGGAGACUAUCCGGACUUUUUUGCACUUAUCGUUACGGUGCUCUUCGCUUUGGCCAUUGCGGUGGGUGCCAAGGAAUCCACGCGCUUGAAUAAUGUCUUCACAUUCCUCAAUCUGAGUGUAGUGCUUUUCGUGAUUGUUGCUGGACUCUUCAAAGUUUCACUCAGCAACUGGUAUAUUCCGAAAUCAGAAGUACCCGAGGGCUACGGCAAUGGCGGCUUCAGUCCGUAUGGCCUCACGGGCAUUAUACGUGGUGCGGCAGUGUGUUUCUAUGGUUUCAUCGGCUUCGAUUGCAUCGCCACAGCCGGCGAAGAGGCCAAAAAUCCCAAAAAAUCCAUUCCGUUUGCCGUCGUCACGUCGCUCGCAAUGGUCUUCCUCGCCUACUUCGGCGUCUCAACUGUACUUACCAUGAUGCUGCCCUACUUCGAGCAGGACGAGCAAGCGCCACUUCCACAUGUCUUCAGUCGUUAUGGCUGGUGGGUGGCCGAGUAUUUGGUAACAAUCGGUGCGCUUUGCGGCCUCUGUGCCAGUAUGAUGGGCGCGAUGUUCCCACUGCCACGCAUAGUUUUCGCCAUGGCUUCGGAUGGACUACUCUUCAAGUGCAUGGGCGACAUCAGCCAGCGGUUUAAAACACCCUUUAAAGGCACAUUGCUGACGGGCGUGCUGACCGGCCUGCUAGCAGCCAUUUUCAAGCUCAGUCAGCUAGUGAGCAUCAUGUCGAUCGGUACACUCUUGGCCUACUCGAUGGUUGCAAGUUGUGUGCUAAUCUUGCGCUACGAUGGUGAUGAUCGUAGGGAAGGUCGUUCUAUUGGAAAUGGGCGCCCUUUAGUAGAUUACGGACAGACGAAAUGUUUUCUUUGGCGACAAUUGUUCAAUACUGGAAGCAUAACAAUGGCCAACAAGAGGAGCAGCAGACUGGUGACUUGUAUGAUAACGCUAUACUUCUGCUGGUGCUUUGUCUUUUCACAUUUCCUGCAGAAGGUGGAAAUCGAACCCGCCAGCAUAACACCGCCUUACAUUGUCCUGCUAGCAGCCACAGGCUUGCCGUUACCGCUGAUACUGCUCAUAAUUUCGCGUCAGCCACGCUCCAGUACCCAGUUGGCAUUCAAAGUGCCAUUGGUGCCCUGGUUGCCAGGUCUCUCUAUUUUCAUCAACGUAUAUCUGAUGGUGCGCCUGGAUGUGAUGACCUGGGUACGGUUCGGCGUAUGGAUUGUCAUCGGCUUGCUGAUCUACUUUAGUUACGGUAUUCGCAAUAGCCGGCAACGUAAGCGUGAAACCCGUCUAGUAUUAUCCGACACAGCCGAGAGCAGCGAAUCCGGACUGCCGCUGCACCAUGACUACAAUGAGGUGCCGCUUAUCAUCAUGAAUAAUACAAGUUAAAGGGAAACUAGCGAACGAGUGGAGAUAAGAGCGAAAGCGAGUGCAAAAAGAAUUAAGAAUCUUAAAGUAAUUAACUAAUUUUUAAUACUAAGUACAAACCGAUAUUUCAUUUUUAAAAGAAGAUGCCUGUGUAUGAAACAGUUAUUAUUUAAAAGCCUAGUAUUAAGUUAUGUUGAAUAGCUGCGAAGAUGUACUCAUUGAGCCGCACGAGCGCGGAGACCACCAAGAGUAGGGAGAAGAACCAAAACUUUGAAAAUUAAGUGAAAAGCCGAAAGCGCAAAUGUGCGCAUCUACUCCCCAUUGCGUAGUUUUAAGUUCUAGACAUACAUUUGUAGUAUUAUCAUGGAAAAGUCAUUGUGACUCAUUAACCGGCACGUAUUUUAGGGAAUCUCAGGACGACCACUCUUACACCUACCUCCCUUCAAGCUAAACUCUCAAGUGCACUUUUGUGUAAUAUUGUAACAUAUGAAAAAAAACUAUUUCACCUAUUUUUUAACUGUUUGAGUGCGGUUUGGAUAUAGAAUUGAUAUAAAAUGUAGUUACAUAUACAUUUUUUGGUUAAAGUUACUAUUAUUAUCUACAGUAAGUCUCGGCUACUUGCAACCAACUAGUACUUAUUCGGAAAUCUUAUGCCAAUAUGUAUUUAAUGAUUGCCUAAGUGAAGCGAAAAUAUUUAUUCACUCAGUAACUUUAGAAAGCCUAAGUUUAUUUACACGAUAUGUUAGAUUUUAAAAAGAAAAAUUAUUCAAAUUCUCCUACGCUUUUGAAAAGCUAAAUAUCCUGUAAUAAUUCAUACAAUAAAACAUACUUGUAAUUUAUGUUAAGGAAA